GCCCCAGGGAGGAGGGAGGGCUGGCUUUUGUCCCUCGCUCUUCUUCCGGCUGUGUGAGGCGGUUGGUUGCAUGUUGUAAAGGGGUAGCGCGACGGAGCUGCCGAGCCGUCCCCGGGCUCCAGGCUUCUCUGACCCAGCGCGGGGAGCCGCCCCGGCCGCCAUGCCCGCCCCUCACGGCUCUCGGCGCGGGGGACGCGGCGGGGCCCGGGGGACCCCACUAGAAGCGCCGGCCGGAGCGUCGGGCGCGGCUGCAGCGGCGCUUCCCUCCGGGCCGGCGGCGAUGAGGCGGAAAAGGGGUGAAUUUCAUAGAAUCAUAGAAUAUGCUGAGUUGGAGGGGACCUAUUGGGAUCAACGAGUCCAACUUCUGGCCCUGUACAGGACACCCCAAGAAUCACACCACGUGCCCGAGAGCGUUGUCUCCAAACGCUUCCUGGACUCAGAUAAGCUCGGUGAUGUGGCUGCUUCGCUGGGAGCCAGUUCGGUGCUUACCCGUCCUCUGAGAGAAAAAUUCCAAAUUAAUCUAGUUGCUGAGCUGGCAUAUUUUUUUUUUUUAGAAAGUCUAAUCCUUCCUCAAAGUGAGCACUUACUGACCUGGGGUCGGUGAAACACUUGGUGGAGCAACGGGGUUUCAGGCUGUUCCAAACAGCCUGUGGUUCUUGUUUCUGUGUAAUUCCUCAUACCUGUUCCUCUUUUUGCCGCCUCAUUUUAAAGCGAAGCAUGGCCUUUACAGUGGUGAAAGGCGACACAGCAUCAUUUCUAUCACUAGUCUGCCAAAGAGAGCAGUUACUUUUGACGCAGGAGGCAAACCAGCACAUUGUGAGCCGCUGAGGAGAGCUACUCCAAGAGGAUUGGAACAAAGAUGGACAGUUAAGAAAAGUAUUGAGCACCUGCAAGGAAGGAGAAAACAGUAUGACACUAAAUACGAACUUUCUCAGAAACGUUUUUCUGUGCAAGUGUCUGUUUGCAUUAACUUUUUGGAACCAUGUCAACCUGUCUGUGGAAGUUGAACUCUUUACAUCUGUUUCUAACAAUUUGCCAGAAGAUGAUUCUAACCAAAAAAUCACGAGCCUGCCACACCUGUAUACAAAGAGUCAUCCGUCCAAAGCUGAUGGUGAUUGGGUUGUGAUACAAAAUACUACAGAAAGCCUGUCAUUGUCAGAAAUCAGAAAUGAACAUGUAAAAAGCUUGAUAGCUUUAUUAUCUAAUUUCAGACAAGGAUCCAAGUUACAAAAUCUGACACUGACAAAUGUGUCAGUGAAUUGGAAUGAUCUAAUGGCAAUUUUUCAGACUGUAUGGCACUCAUCUGUUGAAUACUUCAAUAUUAACAAUGUAACACAGCUGUCACAAGUUCAAAGUUAUGACUUUGACUACUCAGGUACUUCUAUGAAAGCACUGACAAUGAAGAAAAUUAUAAUCACAGACAUGUACUUCACACAGGAUGACCUAUACAGAAUAUUUGCAGACAUGAAUAUUGCAGAUAUGACAAUAGCUGAUUCAGAGAUGAUUCAUAUGCUUUGUCCUUCAUAUAAGAGUCCCUUUAGAUACCUAAAUUUUUUAAAGAAUGAUUUAACAGAUUUUCUUUUUCAAAAAUGUGACAACCUACUUGAGCUGGAGACAUUAAUCUUGCAGAAGAAUAAAUUUGAGAGCCUUCUCAAAGUAAGCUUCAUGACGAGCCGUAUGAAGUCCCUGAAAUACCUGGACAUGAGCAACAACCUGCUGCGCCAUGACGGAGCCGGCGUGCAGUGCCAGUGGGCUGAGUCUCUGGCAGAGCUGGACCUGUCCUCCAAUCAGUUGGUGGAUGCUGUGUUUGAGUGCUUGCCAGUCAACGUCAAAAAACUCAGCCUACACAACAAUCAGAUCAGCCAUGUCCCCAGCAGGGUGGCGGAGCUGAAAUCCUUGGAGGAGCUGAACCUGGCAUCGAACAGGCUGGCCGACCUGCCGGGCUGCAGCGGCUUCACGUCCCUGCAGUUCCUGAACGUGGAGAUGAAUUCCAUCCUCACCCCAUCUGCUGACUUCUUCCAGAGCUGCCCGAGGGUCAGGGAGCUGCAGGCCGGGCACAACCCGUUCAAGUGUUCCUGUGAGCUGCAAGCCUUUAUCCGGCUGGAGAGGCGCCCGGGGGGGAAGCUGUUUGGCUGGCCGGCAGCCUACGUGUGCGAGUACCCAGAGGGCUUGCGAGGGACGGAGCUCAAGGACUUCCACCUGAGCCCGCUGGCUUGCAACACGACGCUGCUGCUGGUGACAGCUCUGCUGCUGACGCUGCUGCUGGUGGCUGUGGUGGCCUUCCUGUGCAUCUACCUGGAUGUGCCGUGGUACGUGCGGAUGACGUGGCAGUGGACUCAGACGAAGCGCAGAGCUUGGCACAACCGCCCCGCAGAUCAGGAGGCCGUUCUGCAAUUCCACGCAUUCAUUUCCUACAGCGAGCGCGAUUCGCCGUGGGUGAAGAACGAGCUGAUCCCGAACCUGGAGAGGGGGGAGGGCUGCGUGCAACUGUGCCAGCACGAGAGAAACUUUAUCCCCGGCAAGAGCAUUGUGGAGAACAUCAUUAACUGCAUUGAGAAGAGCUACAGGUCGAUCUUUGUGUUGUCUCCCAACUUUGUGCAGAGUGAGUGGUGUCACUAUGAGCUGUACUUUGCCCAUCACAAGUUGUUCAGUGAGAAUUCCAACAGCUUAAUCCUCAUUUUACUGGAGCCCAUCCCUCCGUACCUUAUCCCUGCCAGGUAUCACAAGCUGAAAGCUCUCAUGGCAAAGCGCACCUACAUGGAGUGGCCGAAGGAGAGGAGCAAGCGCGCCCUAUUCUGGGCUAACCUCAGGGCAGCCAUUAGCAUUAACCUGCCAAAAGCUGAUGAAAACUCAUAUGAGGAAACAGAUUAAGCAUCUUUCUAAUGGAGUUUCAUCUGUUUUUUCUUAGUGAAAUAAUAAAUAUGAUUUCCAUUCAUUGUAAAUGUGUUUAACUUUUUAUUACACAAUCUUGUUUCCAACUCGUCUUUGUGUUGCCUCCUAACUGUAGUCAAAAUUCAAUUCAUCUUAUGGCAAAUCUCUUGAGAUAGCAAAUUGCAAAUGAAUUUGUAUAUGGAUGUUGAAAUACGACUUGAAUAUUAUAGUGAGUUUUUCUCAGCAGAAUAAAAUCUGGAGCAGUUUAGUGUAGUCAUGUGGAAGAGUAUUUCAGCUGUUGGAUAGUUUGCAGAGCUGCUUU